AGUACAUGGCAUACAUCAAUGAAAAUAUAAUAAAAUUAUAAAUGGAAACUAAUGAUUAAGAAUCGCCCAGAAGAGUUGUAUCUCAUACGAUACUUUCAAUUGUUUUGAUUAUAACUGAAUCACAAUUCAUUCAACAGUUUGACAAGGUACCAUAAUGUUUAAUAUAACUCACGCGCCUAAUGUUAUUAACAUAAUUCCUCGUAUAGUAUGAAAUUUACAAAAGAAUAUUUCUUCACGUGCGUAAUAAAGACAGUUUCUAAGGUAUUUCAUCGUUUAUGACGAGAAUUUCGAACAUUUAACCAGUGAGCAAACAAUGUCUGCGUGGGAUUAUUAUUUAAAGGCUAAUCAUCGAGUUGACUAGAGAUCGCUGUUAUUAUCAGAAUGCAUAAAUUAUACACCGAUGUACAAUCAUACCACAACAAUGUACCUACUGAAAAGAAAUAACAUUGUGGUUUACAAACAUAAUGUCGACGCAUUGACGAUCAGGCGCGCAACAGGAAGCGGUGUCAGUCGGCGAAACGUUUUUCCAAAGAAAGCACUCCUCCGUAUUCUAAUAGUGAAGUUGAACUCUUCAGAGGUGGUCAUGUCAUUUAGAAACUAACCGUUUUUAGGUCGCUCAUUAACAUGCCGUGGUUAUUUUUAACUGUGUUGUUGAGUGUCGCGACUACUGGUCUAUCGAUAAACAGGCCCGUGUAUAAAAUUGUACUCAAACAGAAAGGAUAUGCUCAGUUCAUUCAAUAUGACAUCGAGACGCCCCCUCUUAGGGAGUUCACGUUUUGCACUUGGAUACGUAUUUACGACUUGAGCGGGGACCAGAGCAUAUUUACAUAUGUGGCGAAUGGCAACAACCGUGUCGUAAGACUGUGGCUUGACUCGGGAGGGAAGAACAUAAACGUUUCGAUAAACGGAAAAGUUUCGUCGAGUUCAGCUGUGGAGAUUACGAAGGAUGUGUGGCGGCACGUGUGUCUGUCCUACCAGUCCGACUUCGGAGCGUGGGCACUUUAUGUGGACUCCCGCCUCGUCUCCUGCCAAGCAUCGCAGAGCCUCCAAGGAUUUAUUCUGCCAGGUGGCGGCAGCGUCAUUAUCGGGUACGGCACAGCGGACGCCGGUGGUCAAAAUGGCUUGGAAGGUGAAAUAUUUGGGGCUAACAUGAUCCUUACAUCAACAAUUGAAAGAAAUUACACUAUCAAGAACGAUCCACUUUACGGCCAGAAAAGGUUCCGUAAGAACCAAAUGAAAAACGGUGACCAUCAUAUGAAUUAUAUCAUUCUAAGUGAUUUACAAACCGGUGAACUGAAGAACAAUUUCGAAACGACUGCGUCGCCAGUUGCUAAUGCUACUAAAAGUUUUAUCAAGUUUAAGACUCCACAUAGCUUUAUUGAACAUGUUGUUGGCUACGAUUUUUCGUCAAAGAAGCCUACUUUAUUGGAAGAGAAAGAUUAUUUGGGAUUAUCUAUGACGGAAAAAAACCAGCCAGCGGAUGGUCUGAAUUUUUGGAAUAUAAAUAAAAACGAACAUUCCGGUAAAUAUAAUGUUCCUUUCAAAAAUAAAAGCCAGACACAAGGGGUCGAAUCAUCAACCCCGCUGAUGUUAUCUGAAUAUGAGACCCCACCACCUCUACCGGCAUUUUCAUAUUUAGACAAAACGUUAGAUAUAGAAAGUUCACCACCGGAGCCGUAUAAAUUUGCUGCCGGUACUGAACCUGGCAAGUCUCGAAAAUCUAGUAAAAAACACGUAGAAACUAUAUCCGAGGUUGAAACGCCUCCGCCUGUAGACAAGAAUACUAAAGUUUACGGCCAAUGGACGAGCUCAAAAUUUGCAGGUAGCGUUCUUAAUUAUCUGAAAAAUAUUCAAUUUCGUACAAGGGAACAAAAGAAAGUACCACAAACAAUCCCGCUAACAAAAAUAUCAGACAGUUUUCCUUAUUCCUCUGACUUUAAAGUGGUUAAAGUACGGCCAGCGUUACAAUUUCAACGACGCAAUUUAGUAGAAAAACAGUUUGAAACCAGUAAACGAAGUCCUCAAAUAAACGUCCAAAUCCUUGAAGAAGAUAUAAGAAACAAUAUUUUGAAAACGCAUGCUCAAACUCAGCCUAAACAUGUUGAAAUAACAAGCAGGGGAGUGAGGAACAAAAAACAAGAACGACGAUUUUAUAGAAACGUCGAGAGUCAAGACACAAACGAGAGCUUUGAAAGUACUGAAUCUAUUCAUACUUCUAAUUAUGAAUUGCCCAAAAAGAGAAAACCAAAUACCGCCGAUAUUACUUUGCAAACCAAUAAUUUGUUGUCUAUUCUACCUUUUUUGAAGUCGCUAGAAUAUUUUGUGGAAAAUUCGCAACGCCAAGACAUGACGAAACCAGAGAAGGAACCAGAUAUGUAUACGAAAAGUCUGUCUACUGCUAACAAAUGGCACAAUGUUAAAUCUUAUAGUAAUGAUUACACACCACGAGAGAUAAAACUUGACACUGAAGACGGACAGAGUGCUAUAGAAGAUAAGAUAGCUCAGGUAAACAAAAGGCAUCCAACUAUCCGUCUAAACUAUAAACAUGACAACCAAAAAUUAUUUCCUUACAAAGAAGACAAAUCAAUAUUGAAAGGCCGCGAGUUAGCUAUGGAAGUGUCAAAUCAAUCGGAUUAUAACAGGGACUCAAUAUCAAUUUUAAAAUAUAAUCAUGGAUUCUUGCCGGGUCACACCAAGAAGACUAAGGUCACUGACAAAUUCUCCGGGUCACAAAGAUCAAAAGAUAGGAAGAUUGAAAGACAAAGCGACUUUAAUAAGAAUGUGAAAAUUGGGAAUGCAUUAAAUGAAAGACACAUAAUUGGUAUAAACGAGGAGCAGAAUAAAAAAAGUUUUGUCGGUGGACUGGACAUCAUACCGGAUAUUAAUAAAUAUAGAUCUGACGCGGAUAGUGAAGGUACGGACACAACGAUCCCAGGAUCGCUGGGUCCCAGGAUAUGCAGGAAUCUUGAGUUAUACGAUCGAGUACUGUACGUUCAGUCAGAUGAGAGCAUCGACAUGACACACAUUCUGUCCCCGGUGAGAGUAAAGAACAUCGGCAUAGAGUUUAUUGUACAGAAUUAUAAAAAAUGCUCGCUGGAGGAGUCUGACUUACAAAAUAACGCGAUGCUGUUUAUAGACUGGAGCAAGACACCAGUCAGACUAUUUGGAGGUUCUUAUCCGAAAAAGACGACUGACCUAUGCGGGUUCUUCUAAAAUCAUGCAAAAUUUUGGUGUAUAUUUAUAUAUUACGUUUUGUAUUACUAAGGCUGUAUCUGAAAUAAAAUUACAAAAGUAUUGUCUUUAAUUUUAAAGA